AUGAUAUCCUUAUUUUCAAAAUUUCCUAUCUCACCCAGGUAUACAAAUUCAUUUUUUCGAAAAUUGACAAUUACACCACCCCUAAAACAUGGUGAAUUUGAAUGGAUAGAUCCUAAAGAUGAAAGUGAAUCUGUUAAUAUAACAUAUAUUUUAAGAAAUGGAACUGAAAAAAAUAUUAAAGGAAAAAUUGGUGAUAAUGUUAUGUAUCUAGCACAUAGAUAUGGAAUUGAAUUGGAAGGUGCAUGUGAAGCAUCAUUAGCUUGUUCUACAUGUCAUGUAUAUGUUGAUGGAAAUUUUUUAAAUAAAUUACCAGAUCCAAAAGAGGAGGAAGAAGAUAUGUUAGAUUUGGCUCCAUUAGUAAAAUCAAAUUCAAGAUUAUCAUGUCAAAUUAUUUUAUGUAAAGAGUUAGAUGGAAUAAAAGUAACACUGCCAAAGAUGACAAGAAACUUUUAUGUUGAUGGCCAUGUACCAGAACCUCAUUAA